CGGCACAACUGAUCUUAGAGUAGGCAAUGUGCUCGGCCCACAAAUGUGGGAAGACAGCCUCGAUAACGAGUCCAUCUCCCUGGAUGAUGGUCCGGUCGUGUUGGCUCUGUGUCGUUGCGGCGGUCGUCCUCCCGCACUUGAUCCCGCAUGGCCACGCCCUUCGUGAUCCAGCCAUCCCUCAGAGCCUGUUCGUGCCGCCGUGGCCACACCGUGGAGCACUCAGGGGGAAAUCAGCUCCAUCGCGUCGUGCAGCAAGGGCCAAAGAUGAUACCACAACAGCAAGGCCGACACACGGACAUCUAGAUCUGGCUUGAUGCAUCUGUGAUUGUGUAUGCAGACUGUACACUCCUCUUCAGCUGAGAGCCAUCAAAGCGACCUCCCUCGAGUGGUACUCGACGAUGAAACCCUUGGCCUGAUCAGAGACGAGUUCCAGCACAGCAGAUCUCUUCCGUGCGGUACCAUUCGGUCGCUUGCGGCCAACCUGUUUUACAACCUCGUUUAUCCCUUACUGGACCAGCUUCGCAAGACCGGCCUUCGCAUCAGGAAGGUCAUUGAUGCAUACAACAUGAAUGACGACGAUGACCGCUCUCAAGUAUCUGAAGUCCAUUACACCAUAUUGGAGUGCGAAGACGAGAGGCUCCUCUUUGUCAUCACAACUCCCGGCCCCCUGAAUGGCUGGCGGCAGGAGGGGGAGCUUCUGAAGAGGCUGUUGGCUGACGGGAUGACGCACGGCUUUAUCACGGAUGGGGCGUCAUGGCUUGUCGUCAACAUUGCCUUCUUCGACCCAGAGUGGGCGGAUGGCAGUCGUGACACGGAGAAGAGACUCUACUUCAAACCACAGCGGAUGUUUUGGUUGGCGACCGAGCCGCAGGCCAUUAUGGACUACCUUGUGGAGGCCAUCGGGAGGAAGCGAAAAGGCGACGACUUUGAAUCAUUCUAUCGCUUGAAGGGCUACCGAGCCUACGCGGGGCAGAAGAGUUAAGAUGAUGAGACGGCUACGUUUCAUCUAUGAGGUUGACUCGCUGGCUCCUCUGGAAUGCUCUGUCAAUGAGGACACCGAGAGGGAGACCUGAAGGGCCCGAGCGCUCCAAACUGCAACGCCCUAAGGUUGUCUACGUGGCUUCCAGCAGAGAACGCAGUUUCUGUGUCUGUGUGUGUGCACUUUUUCCGUUGGGUUUGCUUGGAUUUGCUUGGAUUUGCAGUAGAGAAGCGGUGUCAAUAAGUCUCAG